CCAAGUGUAUCAGAGGACGUGAGCUGGAGCCGAGUCAGCUGCCUGCGCUCCCCGCAGCUAAGGCCAGCACUUGUGACCUGGAGCGCCGCUGGGGCAAGAUGGACAGACGGCAACUCUCCGUGCUCUUUCUCUCGUUGCUCGCAGUUGCCGGAGAAGCAGAGCCGCUUACAGUCGUCGCCCUUCGCAGACACAUCACGGCUGAGAUCAGAGCGAAGGUGCUCCUGUCGGUUAGGGUGACGGGCGCGGUGAAGAACGGCACCUGGUGGUACAAUGGCUGGCCGCUUGUCCGCUGGAACGAAACCAAUAUCAACGACACGAGAGACGCGUUCUGGGACAAUCAUCUUUUCCCCAACUACUCCUUGCUGCUCGUGCCGAGCUUUGUCGACAGAGACGACGACUUUACCAUAACGGUCAGCUCACAAACUGGAGAGGAAGCUUCUGCCAAUAUAAGCCUAAGCGUCUACGCUACCAAGGAAACAUGUGAUAUCUACAACGGUGUGCUCGGCCUGCUCAUUCUACUGACCUUGGCCUUCAUACUUUUCUUUGUCGUUUUCACCCACAAGAACCGUCCGAAUGAUUACAUGGAAACAUUUGAUCUGCUGGUGAUAUUCUGCAAAGGAUAUCGGACCUGUCUCUCGUUCGCGACGGUUCUGACGUUCGUUUUCGUCCUGAUGUUUGCCGCGAAGGUGAACAGAAACACGUGUACCCUUGGGCAACGUCCAGAAAUGGACUUUGUGGUAUCGUGAGUCGACGGUUACAUUUCAACCCCAACAGGAGGAUUGGGAGAUGUGCAAAAUGAAACCGAAACGGAAUCUGCGGUGGAGAAGUGGUCAACCACAUACUUGUUGCUACUACUCUAAACUGCGGUGGAAAUGCAUCUCACCACAACCCAACAUUAACCCUACUAGCUGCAAGAUGAUUCAAUAUUUCUCUUCUCUGCAUGAUGAUAAAUCCUGUUUACUGCUUGAAA